GCUGUAUCCGGCCACACAGUCUGAGUGAACGGAGGAACAUUAACAUAGUAAUAAUUUUGUUAGUUUUCAACUCAAGCAGAAUUUUUAAAGCUCUGAAAGAUAAUGUUACUGACUUCAGAAGAAUGGCAGCCGCCCACUGUGGCUUUGGAGACCACCAUGGGGACAAUUGUAGUGGAGCUGUACUGGACUCAUGCCCCAAAGACCUGCAAGAACUUUGCUGAGUUGGCAAGAAGAGGCUACUACAACAACACAAGCUUUCAUCGAAUAAUCAAAGAUUUCAUGGUGCAGGGUGGUGAUCCAUCAGGAACAGGUCGGGGUGGUGCCUCCAUAUAUGGUAAACAGUUUGAAGAUGAACUGAACCCAGAACUGAAAUUUACAGGUGCUGGUAUUCUGGCAAUGGCCAAUGCAGGACCUGACACAAAUGGAAGCCAGUUUUUCCUGACCCUUGCACCUACUCAGUGGUUAGAUGGAAAGCACAGCAUUUUUGGAAGAGUCUGCCAAGGAAUUGGAGUGCUUAACCGAAUUGGACUGGUGGAGACGAAUAGUCAGGAUCGGCCAGUUGAAGACAUUAAAAUUAUGACAGCUAGUGUACCUAGUUAAAGAAAUGGUUCAGUUUAUAUUGGUCCAUCUUUUCGUUUGGUUGGCCUAGUUCAGAUCAUAUGGAAUAAGGUACAGUGUAAA